AUGGCGACUGGUCAGUUCAAGGCAGAGACUUUGUUCGAUUUGAUGAAGCAUCACUUCGAAACCAAAGAGGCUCCGCUUCAUGUUUCAAAUGUUCAAGUUAUUGAUCUAGUCACAGGGUAUGUGACGGCGUCCAUGGUUGUUCAUGAGGAAUUUGGUAUUCUUGAAGGUUUAAUGACAACUAUUCAUGCAACUACAGCAACACAGAAGACUGUUGAUGGCCCAUCAAUGAAGGAUUGGAGAGAAGGUCGUGGAGCUGGACAAAAUAUCAUUCCUAGUUCUACUGGUGCUACAAAGGCUAUUGGAAAGGUUCUCCCAGAACUGAAGGGGAAAACUUACUAG